AUGGCGAAUGGAAAUACAAAUAAGGAUGUUGAGGAGACAUCAGACGCAACAAAAAGCAGAGAACUAAGUCGUGGCUCUGCGGGUUCUGAGUCGGAUUUGGACUUCGCGGGUGCCGAACGAGAGUAUGAGGGGGGAAAGUCCAACGAGCGGCUCCAUGGAGAAGGCGUUGCAUAUUUCCAGGGAGGCAGUGUGUACAAGGGAAUGUUCUCAGAGGGACUCAUGCAUGGACGAGGUGAAUACACCUGGGAGGACGGAGUGAAGUAUCAGGGAGAAUUUGUGUCUAACACACCCAUGGGCCGUGGGGUGUACACCUGGCUGGAUGGCAGCUCCUAUCAGGGCCAAGUCCACGCAGCAGUCCGCCAUGGGGUCGGGAGCCACAAAUGUGCAGACAGCUCUGUGGUUUACAGAGGACAAUGGCACCACGGCAAAAGACAUGGAAAGGGUAUAAUAUAUUAUAAUCAAGAUGCUACUUCCUGGUAUGAAGGAGAGUGGGUCAACAACAACAGACAGGGAUGGGGAGUGAGACGCUACCCCUCUGGGAACGUUUAUGAGGGCGUAUGGCAGAACAACAGCAGACAUGGAGACGGUACCAUGAGAUGGCUGAACCUGGGACAGGAGUAUAGCGGAACAUGGCAGGACGGAGCCCCGCAUGGGGAAGGCACAUACACGUGGUUCCUGAGGAGGAUUCAUGGGACUCAGUACCCACAGAGGAACGAGUACCAGGGGGAGUUCUGUCGGGGCAAGAGACACGGACUGGGAACCUUCUACUACGCCAGCGGGGCACUCUACCGGGGAGAAUGGAGGAACGAUAAAAAACACGGACAAGGAAAGUUCAUAUUCAAGAAUGGGCGUGUCUUUGAAGGAGAAUUUGUGGACGAUCACAUGGCAGAAUUCCCUUCAUUCCAUCUGGAUGACUCCAAAAGCCCAAACCUGAGCGGAAUCAGAACUUGCACUCCUCUUGGUAAACAUGCUAACUGUGAGCCAUUGAUGCUUGGAGCAGACAUGGCUCUUGACAUCGACUCUCUUCUGGAAAAAUUUCCCAAGAGCCGAAGAGAGACAGAAUUAAAACAGUUGGAGUUUGUGGUGCUGAGGCACAUUGGUGAGCUGCGGUCCAUCUACAGUUUGUACAGCAGCCUCGGCCGGGGCCACUCCCCCGACAACACCUUCCUGCUGUCUCGCCUGCAGCUCUGGCGCCUUCUCAAAGACUGUCACAUCCACCAUCACGGCACCACGCUGGUCCAGAUAGACCGCCUCAUCAGUGCUGACGACCUUCCCUCAGAUGAGAUUCACUCUCCCUUUAGUUCCGUGCUGCCCCGUAAGCUUCUCAGCGCUCUGGUGACCAUCGCCCACCACGCCUAUCAUGAAGACCAACAGACUUCACACAACAUCCUGGCCAUGUGCUUUUCCAAGAUGAUGAAGGAGAACAUUCUUCCUAAUGCAAAGAAUGUAAAAGGGCAUCUGUUCAGUAAUGUGGUCCAUGCAGUGGUUGCUGGGAACUAUAUAGAGAGAUGCUGGGUCAUCUACCGGGACCUGAGUAUGGUCAGUUCAGCCCUCAGGACUGACCACACCGUCACCUGCCGACACUUGGUCUGGAUGUUCAAGGAUCUCGGUCUGUUUGACAGUAAUCUGACCACCAGAAGGUUACUGGAGAUCAUGACCGCAGAGGAGCUGGAUGCUGGCAGCCGGUCCCACUGCAACCUGGAUCAAGAGAUCACAUUCCUUGAGUUCUUUGAGGUUCUCCUGGGGUGUUCUCAGGUGAGCAGUCAGCCAGCUGUCUGUUCCAGUCUGGAGGUCAUUGGGAGUUCACCAGAGGAGGGAGCCAGCGAGAGCCUCCUACUCUCCCAGAGCCUUCUCACCCAGUCGAUGGGGAAAUUCAGCCACAUCCAGCAGGUUUCCACUCCUGAAGACAUGAAGGGUGUCAAUCUCCAGACUGCAGUCCACAUCCAGUCUCAAACAGCCGAGACGACCACACAUCUGUCAUCCUCUGAGUCUGGAGAGCUUUCUUCACAGAGGGACUCUGUACUGCAAGCUACGCCAACCAGUUACUCUCCCCGCUUAACCAGCAACGCUGAUGUAACAGGCUGCCGUUCAGGGCAACAGAACGGGGAUGAAGGAAAAAUGCUCCGAGUUGAAAGCACGGAAGCCCAAGACGGUGAACCGGAUGUGUGGAUACGAAGAUGCCACCGCUUCUUCAGCCGACUAUUCCCUGUCUACGACCAUGAACGCUCACGGAGACGCCACAUGGAGGAAGAGAGACUCCGCCACGCAGUCCAAAAACACGCCGCCGUGGCCAAGGCCCGAGAGCAGGCCAGGCUGAGAGAGCAGUGGGAGGCUGAGGAGGAGGAGCGGCGGCAGAAGGAGGCUGAGAAAGAGGAGGCAGCAGCAGAGAGAGUAGACGGAAAUGAAGAUGAGGUAAUCGGUUCGCCAUCGGAGGUGUCAACCAGCUCCGUCACAGUCGCUGCUGCAGCCAAACAGGCCAGCAGGUCCAGGAAGAAGCAGCCGGCUAAAAAAGCUGGUAAACGAGCCUGA